CCAUCAUUGGUGUCAGGGGGAGGAAUAGUGCCCCAUCAUUGGUAUCAGUGGGAGGAAUCGUGCCCCAUCAUUGGUGUCAGUGGGAGGAAUCAUGCCCCAUCAUUGGUGUCAGGGGGAGGAAUAGUGCCCCAUCAUUGGUAUCAGUGGGAGGAAUCGUGCCCCAUCAUUGGUGUCAGGGGGAGGAAUAGUGCUCCAUCAUUGGUAUCAGUGGGAGGAAGUGCCCCAUCAUUAGUGUCAGUGGGAGGAAUAGUGCCCUAUCAUUGGUGUCAGUGGGAGUAAUAGUGUCCCAUCUUUGGUGUCAGUGGGAGGAAGUGCCCCAUCAUUGGUGUCAGUAGGAGGAAUAGUGCCCCAUCAUUGGUGUCAGUGGGAAGAAUCAUGCCCCAUCAUUGGUGUCAGUGGGAGGAAUCGUGCCCCAUCAUUAGUGUCAGUUGGGAGGAAUCGUGCCACAUCAUUGGUAUCAGUGGGAGGAAUCGUGCCCCAUCAUUGGUGUCAGGGGGAGGAAUAGUGCUCCAUCAUUGGUAUCAGUGGGAGCAAGUGCCCCAUCAUUAGUGUCAGUGGGAGGAAUAG